AUGUCCUGGACUCCUGUCCUACUCAUUUUAUUGGCCCACUGCACAGGUGGUGAUCCUCCGCUCAUGCUGCAUCAGCUGCCAACUGCCUCUUCUUCCCUUGGCACCACAAUCCACCUCACCUGUGCCCUGAGCAGCGACCAUGACAUCAGUGUUUAUAGCAUCUACUGGUACCAGCAGAGGCCGGGACAUCCACCACGGUUCUUGCUGAGAUACUUCUCACACUCAGACAAGUACCAGGGCCAUCAAACUCCAUCUCGCUUCUCUGGAUACAAAGAUGUGUCUAGCAACCUGGCUUAUCUGAGCAUCUCAGAGCUACAGCCUGAGGAUGAGGCUAUGCAUUAUUGUGCUAUAGGGACUCAGAGCUUGAAAAAACAGAUUGUUUUUGGCAGUGGAACCCAGCUAACUGUCCUAGGUCAGCCCAAGGCUUCCCCCUUGGUCACGCUGUUUCCACCAUCCUCUGAGGAACUACGGGCCAACAAGGCCACCCUGGCCUGUCUGAUGAAUGACUUUUACCCGGGCACUGUGUUGGUGGCUUGGAAGGCAGAUGACAUCCUUGUCACCGAGGGUGUGGAGACCACCCAGCCCUCCAAACAAAGCAACAACAAGUACAUGGCCAGUAGCUACCUGACCCUGACACCUGACAGGUGGAGAUCUGGGAGCAGGUAUACUUGCCAUGUCACGCAUGAAGGGAGCACUGUGGAGAAGAGUGUGUCCCAUGUAGAGUGUUCCUAG